CCGGGGCUGCCCAUGGCUUCACUCGGGUCCGCUCCCGCUCCCGCGCGCAACCCGCACCCGGAGCCCCGAGCCCAGCGCGGCGCGUGCGGCGCCCGGAGCCGCCAUGGGGGAGAAGGCGGGGACCAGGGUCUUCAAGAAAUCAAGUCCCAACUGCAAGCUCACCGUCUACCUAGGGAAGCGGGACUUCGUGGAUCACCUGGACCGGGUGGAUCCCGUGGAUGGCGUGGUGCUGGUGGACCCUGAGUACCUGAAGGAUCGGAAAGUGUUUGUGACGCUGACCUGCGCCUUCCGCUAUGGGCGCGAGGACCUGGACGUGCUGGGCCUGUCGUUCCGUAAGGACCUGUUCUCGGCCACCUGCCAGGCCGUGCCCCCCCUGCCCGAGGAGCAGCGCCCCCUCACCCGCCUGCAGGAGCGGCUGCUGCGCAAACUGGGGGCCAACGCCCACCCCUUCGCCUUCACGAUCCCACAGAACCUGCCCUGCUCCGUGACGCUACAGCCCGGCCCAGAGGACACGGGCAAGGCUUGUGGGGUCGAUUUUGAGAUCCGAGCUUUCUGUGCCAAAUCCCUGGAAGAAAAGAUUCACAAAAGGAACUCGGUGCGGCUGGUGAUCCGGAAGGUGCAGUACGCCCCCGAGAAGCCGGGCCCCCAGCCCAUGGCCGAGACCACCCGGCACUUCCUCAUGUCGGACCGGUCCCUGCACCUGGAGGCCUCGCUGGACAAGGAGCUCUAUUACCACGGGGAGCCCAUCAGCGUCAACGUCCACGUGACAAACAACUCCAGCAAGAGCGUGAAGAAGAUCAAGGUUUCAGUGCGGCAAUACGCAGACAUCUGCCUCUUCAGCACGGCCCAGUACAAGUGUCCGGUGGCCCAGACCGAGCAAGAUGACCAGGUGUCGCCCAGCUCCACGUUCUGCCGGGUUUACACCCUGACGCCGCUGCUGAGCCAGAACCGGGAGAAGCGGGGCCUGGCGCUGGACGGGAAACUCAAACACGAGGACACCAACCUGGCCUCCAGCACCAUAGUCAAGGAGGGGGCGAACAAGGAGGUGCUGGGGAUUCUGGUCUCGUACCGGGUGAAGGUGAAGCUGGUUGUAUCACGGGGAGGGGAUGUGUCUGUGGAGCUGCCCUUUGUGCUAAUGCACCCCGAGCCCCCCGAGGCAUUUGCACCGGCUCGGCCCCAGUCAGUUGUCCCCGAGACGGACGUCCCCGUCGACACCAACCUCAUCGAAUUUGAAACCCACUACGGGCAGGACGACGACAUCGUCUUCGAGGAUUUCGCCCGCCUGCGGCUCAAGGGGGGAGUCAAGGACGACCAGGAUGACGACCGUUUCUGAGGGCGGGGCGGGAGGGAGCUGGGCUGCCGCCCCUCCCUGCAGCAGAGCUGGGGCCUGGCCCCUGGUGUGGGGCGGUGGAUUUUAACUGUAUCUGUCUGGGCUUUCUAAUGCUGCCCCCCUACCCGCUGAGGGGAGCCCCCACUGAGCCCCCCAUCUCACUGCUGUACAGGGGGGCCCCUAGAACUGGGGUUUGGCUUUUAAAUGUCAUUAACUUGGGGGGGGAGGGGAGGGUCCCCUUCUCUUCCUUCCUCCCCCAGAAAUUUUAACGGUGGCUCCCCUGCUGAGCUCUGGAAGGGGGAACUCCCCGCUCCUGGGGGGCCGCUCCCGCCCACCGCCCCCCAGUGAAAAGCACUGGAUUCCUCUCUGGGCAUUACUCCUGCUUCAACGCCUGUGGGCCCUUGUUCAUCUAGCCAUGAAUUUUUAAAGCGGUUUUCAUCCCCCCAUGUCUGCGCCAGGGGCCCCUGCCUGGUGGGGGUAGAGUCAGGACCUAGCGCCCCUCCUGGCCGGGAGGGGGUGGGGGGCGACUGCAGAUGCUCAUGCUGUGGGUCGGGGAUUUUGUUUUUUGUGGC